GCGAAACAGUAGGAAUGGUUUCUACUUUUUCGCAGCGAAUUAUUCGCUGCGAAUUUUCUAAUCUCUACUUCUGCGCAUAUCUUUCGCGCAUUCGCGGCGAAAAAUUCGCUUCGCACGAAAAAUUCGCCUCGUGUAAAUCAGGCUUUACAUGAAAUGCUUUACGCUUACCAAGUAACAUUCCAAUGAGAUGGAACAAAAAGCUAAAGAGCUACGGGAUCUUACUAGAGUAAAUAUUCGUCUAAAACUUCUCUAAGUAUAAUCACAAGGGAUGCAAAAAGGUGCGAAGAGAAUCUAAAGAUGAACCUGCUCUAACCUUUUAUGGGUGAUCUUCAAAUUGUUUAGACAUAUCGGUAAUCAACGGCAUUUGCGAAAACAGACAUCAAGCAAAUCAAGCAAAGCCAUCCAGGGACUGUUUGGCCUCCUUCCGGACCCUAAGACCGAGGCCAUUAUUUUGGCGCUAUUUGCUUAUAGGAUGUCGUCAGCAUAUUUAACGGAAAGGAAAAAAUAAGAAAUACAGCAAACAAGAUAAUAACAAACAGGAGACGAAGAACAAACAGAGAAAUAGCGACAAAGAAACAAAAAAAAUAAUGAAUAGAAGUCAGGGAGGAGGGGGAAAUGACUGGCCAGUUGUACCGAUAUUUGGAAGGAGAAAACGGGCGAGACAGGCCAUCUAUGCUGAACCAUCCCAAGACUUGAAAUACAACAGCAAUCAAGAAAUCAGGCAGUUUGGACAAAACAAACGCAGGUCUGUAGGAUUUGGGAAGAGUGGCAGUGAUAUCUCGUUUGAUGAAAAUAUAGUGCUUGAUGACUUGGAAAAUGACGACCUUUUUGGAUUAGAUACCGGAGCAAGUAUCAAGGAAAGUUCUGCCAAGAAGUUCGAUGGCGGGGCCUUACAAAGAAGUGCGAGGCAACACAACAUGAACGAAACCAUGCUGAUCCAAAACCAAUCACAAACACACGAACAGCCAAAGCAGAAGCUAGGCUGCGAGGGUACUCAGGUUAUAUCUUUGGCAUCAAAAAAAUAUCCUCAUUUUCGCCCAAUUGGGCCAAGUUUAGGAACGCUCCUGGCAAGAAAAAGCUCCAUUGACUUCCAUACGAACCUCAUGGAAAGAACAGGAAAUCAAGAGAGCUUAACGAAUAACACAACUCCGAACAGGGAAAGCAGUAAUAGCAAUGCAUCUGAGUCGGGUGCACAAGAAAAAAAGCCACGCAAGAAAAAAGAACCACCACUACAAGACAAAUCAACUGUUCCAAGAAUGCUCACCAUCGAUAUCAAAAGCGUAAAGGAAAUAAAGAUGAAAAAGAGGGACAUUUUUGCUUUGUACGAGAUAUAUGGAAUUCUUGAAUCGGCAGUGAUUUGCCUGCCAGGGCAAGCAGCAAAACGAUUCACAAUAAAGGACAACAGCGGCUCGCUCAGGUGCAUUUUCUGGGAAAUUGAUCGACCGUUUCCACAAAUGCGGAGGGGGACAUCAGUGAGGUGCAUUGGCCGUUUUUCCAACAAUGGAUUUCAGUGUCUGAAGAUACGUCCAUCUGCUCAGUCAGAAAUCAGUUACUGCCAAGUCCUACAGAUGCAAUCUAAAGAUGCCCUUCAGAAAUGUCUGGAUACAGACAUGGAAUACUCAGCUGGAUUAGUUACAUAAACUUCUCAAAAUGUUCUCUUAACACAGUUGCAUUAAUCUCUAAUACUUACUUAUUGUUGGUGAAACUGUAGCAUGUAGCAGCUUAUAAAGUUUUCAAUUAUUUGUUGUGUAU